UUCACGGAUCGGUCGUCGGGUAGAUGCGUUAAGGUUAGUAUACGUGUCACCGGCACUUGCCACUUAUCACGCGUGUAUCGACAAGUCUUGAAAAGUCUUCUCAUCUCGCCUUAUCAUAGAUUUUACAUAAAAAUCAAUAAACAUGACAGCAUUGACAGUAUUACAUAAAUUCUGGUUGGAAUAUACGAAGAAUACGCCCAAAAAACUCAAAAUCAUCGAUGCGUACUUGUUGUACGUGUUUCUUACGGGUGUCAUCCAAUUUAUAUAUUGUUGUCUCGUCGGCACUUUUCCCUUCAAUAGUUUUCUCAGUGGUUUCAUAUCCUGUGUAUCCUGCUUCAUUCUAGGAGUUUGUCUUCGAUUGCAAGUUAAUCCACAAAAUAGAAGUCAGUUUCACGGUAUAAGCCCGGAAAGAGGAUUUGCAGACUUUAUUUUUGCACAAAUCAUUUUACAUAUUGUUAUCAUGAAUUUCAUUGGAUGAGAUACAUAGCUGUGUGAUAUAUUUUUAUGAUAGAUCAUCAGCGUUAUUUUAAAGAAUAAAUUGUAUCUAAAAUAUAUCAUGUUUUUCUAUUGUUAAUCUAAUUUUCACUUGAAUAUCUCAUAAUUGUUUAAUAAAAUUAAUGAAAAGAUAACCA